GGCGGCCCGCAGGAAGCACACUUGGUUGAAUGGCCAUUAAAGCAGCAAUCAGCGGUAAAUGUGUUUUGAUGCCACGCUCCAAACACACACCGAACCGACUGUCCGAGGCUACAGGGGCACACUUUGCCACCGUGUAACAACUUUGUGAAAUGCUGCCGCUGCACCACUGCGAAAUCGCACUGUGCGGAGUCUGGCUACAGAUCUAAUCAGAGUCUCUCUCUGGGGAUUUGAACAUUGAUGGACAGCUGUUGGGACAUUGAUUCGGGGAGGAGGUUGGCGAUCAAUUGACCGUGCGGCAACACAGGCUAUAGCCCACCAUGAACCAAGUAGCGGGUUUAUGUGGCUGCCAAAGGGGGAAGAGGAGCGGCUGAGUUGUCUCCUCAGCGUGUGUGGGAAGAUCGUGAUGAUGCUUUGUGGCCAAACGUGAUGCUCCCACCGCCGUCCAGGCUGCAGUGUUUGGUCAGUGCUGUUGCAUCAAGACUUGAGGGGACCUAAUAAGAGCGGUCAACAUGGGAUUCACCUUUUCAAUUCCCUUAAUAUCCCUCUUUUCCGGACACGAACCAUUUACACCAGCAGAUGAACAUGUCAGUAGAUGUAACGGAUCCACAGCGUAAUUGAUGGUGUUGCGCUAUGAUCCCUGCAGUCUGUGUAAUGGUUUGUAUUCCAUCAACAGCGCGCGCUGCCGUGCAACCUCUCCAUGGAUGGUAGUUAAUUGGCUCCAAUGAUGUAGACCCCAAUGCACAUGGGUCUAAUGUUCCAUCCUCUCGUGGCGAAACUGGCUCCUUAGUGAUAACCGAGCAUGUUAAAUUGUUUUUAUGCCCAGAGCUUUCCACCUCUUCUGGUAAUUGCUUUGGAUGAGGUGUUUUUUUUAAAGACUUUUUAGAAUGAAUGUUUUCCUCUAAUAGUGAGGGAAUUAACCGGUGGCAGUUUAAAGCACACAGGCUGCUUCAACAGUGACCAACUAUGGAAAAACCAACUUAUGACAGACAUUUAAUGCGCCUUAUCUUUGGGACUUAAUAGUUUCCGGGUAUAAUAUCUGAGUGGAAAACCAAACGUUUCCCACAGUGUUUAUUUGUAGAGGUACUUUUCUGUCUUUGCCUCCUUGUUCUCCACUAUGUCAAGAUCAAACAGUGUCAGCCCACCCGGAGUCGGUGCGCCCGGGCUGAGGGGAGGGACCGAGCACAGAUCAGCUUGGGGAGAGUCCGAGUCCGUGGCCAACGGGUGCCCAUACUCGGCCAGUUCUCCGCGCAAGAAGCUCACCCGGGCCAACAGUCGGUGGAGAGAAGAGGAUGAUCUGGACCAGCGGCAGCCCGGGCGAGCCACAACGACCGUCAGCAGGGUCAGCUUCAGGUCCAGGUCUGCUUGGCAGGACCAUGGCGAGGAGAGCCGAGACAAAAACCGUGCGUCCCUUAAACGUCCAGACGGCGAGGUGAAACCCAAGUCGGUGGAGUUAGGUCUAGAGGAGCAGAGAGCCAAGCCGAGGACCGAGGAGGUCAUGCCCGAAGUGAACUUUUCUUUAGUGGCGUGCUUCAUCAGCGUCAUGCACAUUUUCAAAUCCAAGAAAUUCCACUCUGAUAAGUUGGAGCGUCUCUACCAGCGCUACUUUUUCCGUCUUAACCAGAGCAGUCUAACUAUGCUCAUGGCAGUGCUGGUGCUGGUCUUCACGGUCAUGCUGGGCUUCCACUGCUCCAGUGGAUCAGCCAGGCCGAGCAUAACUUAUGUGGUGGUAUUUUCCGUGGCCAUCUUCCUAACACUCGUUCUGAUGGUGGUCUGCAACAGGAACGGCUUCCACCAGGACCACAUGUGGAUUGUGUGCUAUGUGGUCAUCCUUCUGGUGCUGGUGAUCCAGGUGGUUGGAGUGCUGCUCGUGCAGCCCAGAAGUGCAUCAGAGGGGAUCUGGUGGACCGUGUUCUUCAUCCAUGUCAUCUACACUCUGCUGCCCGUUAGGAUGCGCGCUGCAGUCAUCACUGGAGUUAUCCUUUCCGCAAUCCACGUUGCUGUUUCUUGGAUGCUGAACGGCGUGGAUAGCGUUCUGUGGAAACAGUUAGUGUCCAAUGUGUUGAUCUUCUCCUGCACCAACAUUGUGGGAGUCUGCACUCAUUACCCCGCUGAGGGUUCCCAGAGACAGGCCUUCCAGGAGACCAGGGAAUGCAUCCAGGCUCGCCUCCACUCCCAGAGAGAAAACCAACAGCAGGAACGUCUCCUGCUCUCAGUGCUUCCCCGCCACGUUGCCAUGGAGAUGAAAGCCGACAUAAACGCCAAGCAAGAGGAUAUGAUGUUUCACAAGAUCUACAUCCAGAAGCACGACAACGUCAGUAUCUUAUUUGCAGACAUCAAGGGUUUCACCAGCCUGGCAUCCCAGUGCACAGCACAGGAGUUAGUGAUGACUCUUAAUGAACUCUUCGCCCGCUUUGACAAGCUGGCAGCGGAGAACCACUGUCUGCGGAUCAAGAUCCUGGGAGACUGCUACUACUGCGUGUCUGGGCUGCCAGAGGCGAGGGCCGACCACGCCCACUGCUGUGUGGAGAUGGGGAUGGACAUGAUAGAGGCCAUCUCGCUCGUACGUGAGGUGACUGGGGUAAACGUGAACAUGCGAGUGGGAAUACACAGCGGCAGGGUGCACUGUGGGGUGCUGGGACUCAGGAAGUGGCAGUUUGACGUCUGGUCCAAUGACGUCACACUCGCCAAUCAGAUGGAGGCUGGGGGCCAAGCUGGGCGUAUCCAUAUCACUAAGGCCACACUGAAUUAUCUGAACGGGGACUACGAUGUGGAGGACGGAGCAGGUGGAGAACGAAAUGCCUACCUGAAGAAGCACAACAUAGAAACCUACCUCAUUGUCGGCUGCAGUCAGAAAAGGAAAGAGGAAAAGGCAAUGAUAGCCAAAAUGAACAGACAGAGAACUAAUUCUGUCACCCAAAACAGUGGCCACUGGACUGAUCGACCGUUCUACAACCAUAUGGGGGGCAACCAGGUCUCCAAGGAAAUGAAGAGGAUGGGCUUUGAAGAUCCCAAAGACAAGAAUUUCAUAUUCAGAAAUGCACAAGAAAACCUAAACCCAGAGGACGAGGUGGACGAGUUUUUGGGCCGCGCCAUCGACGCACGCAGCAUCGACCGCCUGCGCUCCGAACACGUCAAAAAGUUCCUGCUCACCUUCAGAGAGCAUGACCUGGAGAAAAAAUACUCGAAACAGGUGGACUCCAGGUUUGGGGCUUACGUGGCCUGCGCCUCCCUCGUCUUUCUCUUCAUCUGCUUCAUCCAGAUCAUCAUUGUGCCAUCCUCCAGUCUGAUGAUUGGUUUCUUCGUCACCGGUUUCAUUAUCCUGACAGCUGUCAUGUUCGUCUCAACUGUGUACUGCUGUUUUGGGCUCUUCCCAGUCCCUCUGCAGACUCUUUCUAAGAGGAUAGUCCAGUCCAGACUGAACAGCACUCUGGUGGGCGUCUUCACCAUCAUCGUUGUCUUUGUUUCUGCUUUCAUCAAUAUUUUCACUUGCAGCGGCCUUGACCUACGGAGUUGUAUAAGGGAAGAGCUGAACAUCAGUCUGGCCACUGUGAACGCCUGCCAUGCUCACCUCCUCAACUACAGCCUGGACACACAGCAGAGCCCCUGUGGAGACGAUGGCCUUGUCUGCAGCUUACCUGAGUAUUUCUCGUCCUGUGUGCUGCUGAGCAUGCUGGCCUGCUCCGUGUUUUUGCAGAUCAGCAGCAUCGGUAAACUCUUCCUCAUGCUCUCUAUCGAGCUAAUCUACCUCCUCGUCAUGGAGGUGCCCAAAGUGAGCCUCUUCGACAACCAGGACCUGCUGGUGAUGGCCAACGCUGUCAACAUUGUCGAGCACAUGAAUGGAACAAGCUGUGUGGUGGACUCCAAGGUUCCUCUGAAGAUCAUGACCCCGGUGGUCAUCACUGUCUUCGUUCUCGCCCUCUACCUUCACGCCCAGCAGGUAGAGUCCACAGCCAGGCUCGACUUCCUCUGGAAGUUGCAGGCCACAGAGGAGAAGGAGGAGAUGGAGGAGCUUCAGGCUUAUAACCGCCGUCUACUCCACAACAUCCUCCCCAAAGAUGUGGCCGCCCACUUCCUGCAGCGCGAACGCCGCAACGACGAGCUGUACUACCAGUCGUGUGAGUGCGUGGCUGUCAUGUUCGCCUCCAUCAGCAACUUCUCGGAGUUCUACGUGGAGCUGGAAGGCAACAACGAGGGAGUGGAGUGUCUGCGGCUGCUUAACGAGAUCAUCGCUGACUUUGAUGAGAUCAUCAGCGAGGACCAAUUCCGUCAGCUGGAGAAGAUCAAGACCAUCGGCUCCACCUACAUGGCGGCCUCCGGCCUCAAUGACUCCACAUACGACAAGGUCGGGCGCUCGCACAUCCGAGCCCUGGCUGACUAUGCGAUGAGGCUGAUGGACCAAAUGAAAUACAUCAACGAACACUCCUUUAACAACUUCAAGAUGCAAAUAGGUCUCAACAUUGGCCCUGUGGUUGCCGGGGUGAUCGGAGCCAGAAAGCCUCAGUAUGACAUCUGGGGGAACACAGUGAACGUGGCAAGUCGCAUGGACAGCACAGGUGUACCAGAGAGGAUCCAGGUGACUGCAGACAUGUACCAGGUACUGAGCUCUUAUAACUACACACUGGAAUACAGAGGUUUGGUCACAGUCAAAGGAAAAGGAGAGAUGAUGACCUAUUUUCUCACAAGUGGACCACCAAGCAGUUAACCUCAACUACGUGACAAAUAGACACACCACGGUAGGCGCUUUAACUCCGCCUCUGAAAUAAGAAGCUGGCUCAUGGACCUCUGAUAGCUUAUGGGGGACUGAGACUGACUGAAGCGUCCCUUCUCACAGCGCCAGUCCUUUCUAACACCUACUGAGGCCUCAACGGGGAUGGUUGAGAAAAUGCAUCCCAAAGCUCAGCAUGCCGAGGAGACUAUGAGUGGGAAAGGCCUAGUUAGCCUGAAUUUGCCAUUGAGACCAAAGAUGUCCAAUCAGUGCAUAAAGACAGAUGUUGCCACCUGUGUCGGUCUAAGUCCUAAAGGAAGAAUGUUAUCAAAGAAAUUCUGUUGGCUUGUACACGUAAAACACAGACCGCUUUAUGUGUAUGUAUAUGAUUUUAUGUACUGUAUGUUAAACACAUUUUGUCCAUGUUGUCAUGGUAUAGAUACAAAUCUCUCAAGUAUGGACACUCAGCCAGCACUGCAGCACUAUCUGUCCUUGAAUAUCUGAUCACCUCAGUAAUUUACAGACUGACAGAGGAGUCGCAGUAAGUGUGUCUUAUCGUGGAAGAGUGCGAAGAGAAAACACUCCACAGUGUUUACAGAAAACUCUUCAUCAGAUCUAUAAAGUUCCCAACUCACACUACAGUAUCAACAGCAUAUACACAGACAACACAAAGGAUGUCACUGAAGAGCUUUUUCUUAUCUUCAACAUUUUGUAUUUUAACUUCAGAACACCAAACCGUAUCAGAUAUUUUAGGAUUCUAUAUUUUGUACAUUAAUAUAUUAGAGAGCUAUCUAUAAACACCAAUGCGUAUUCAGAUGUACAUAUCACUCUCGUUUUUCUCGCUCUUUUCUUCCAAUUGAGCAUGACUGAUCUGCAGGUAGUUAACCAUUUGCUAACAAGACUGCGCCACUGAUAAUUUCAGUCAAACCGAGUGGGUGCGCACUUUUAAUGACAGACUAGAGGACAUAAAUGCAUCUGUCUUUUUGCACUCCAGUGCUUUCAGCCGUCCACCUCUUACUGCAUCGCUCCACAACCACUCCUUGCUUGCUCAAUCAGAUGGUACGACCCAAUGAAUGUCCAAUGAUCUCCGAUGAGGCCUUUAAUAUGAACUCUAUACUGACGAUGGUGAUGAUGCUCAUCCUGUGGACAGGGACAGACAAGCCCAUGUGGAAAUGUGCCCUUUUAUCUGAGCAGUUUCUUCAGUAUUAUUUGUGUUUUCAUUGAUUUAAGUGAUUUCUUAUUAUUUUAUGUUAUGUUGUAUGUUAUGUUAUGUUAUCACCUAAUCAACGCUACUGCUGGUUCUCUUUGUCUUUACAGAGUAAUCAGUAAAUGUCCAGACAAUGUCAAGUUUUUAAUUGAAAAUAUUGAGGAUAGAAUAUAGCAAAUUUGAGAACCGAUAAUGUUCUAACACAAUUCAAUAUUCUAAUUUGUCAACAAAUCUUAUGGAAAAAAAACAAAAUCAUCAACCUGUUAGAAAAUGUUGAGAGAUUGACUGACUCCCACGCCCACUGUGCCCUCAGCCACGAGCCUAUUUUUCUUUCCUUGUGAAGACAUAAACCUUUAAAACCCUGUAAACAUUACAGAAGCAAAUAAAGCAUUUGUUAGGACUAUUUGUGUAUUUAAUACGCAUUUGGUGCUGUACAUUGGGUGACUCCAAAUGAACUACAGUAAAUGGAGCUUUGACUGUGCCACCGUACAGUAAAGUACAGACUUUACAGUGUUUAAUUAGAAACCAAUAAUAAAUUGAUAAUACAUCUGGAUCAAAAUAAGGCACAAUGAAGUCUUGAGUAAAUAAUAAAAAAAGAUAAUUAAAUAUUUAAAAUUCAAAUUAAAACCCAAAGGGCAAUUGCUGGCGCUCUGAUUGGCCUCUUGCAAUGUGUUGGCAGGACUCUGGCCAAUCAGAGCUCCUGCUGCUCUGUGGGUAAAACUUGAAAUGUGUUUUUAGGUCACACACUGCAGAUUGCUUUAAAUGAAUCCCAAAAU